AUGGCAGCUCAAUCGUUACCAUCGAAUUUGGAAUUGGAGCAAUUCCAAUGGGACGAAACCUCACCGGUGGUGUUUCCAGACACCGAGGCUGUGAUGGAACAGCCAGACUCUCCUCCCCCUCCUCCAACUCUCCCAGAGCUCCCUCCCUGGCAAGAACUUCAGAAGAAGGUGGACUUGCAAGUCCAAAAAGCAGCUGAGGCUGCACGAGAGCACCUUUGGGGGCAUUUGUUCGCCCAUUUGCCCUGCUCGGAGAUCGACUGGUCUCUGGACGGCGGCAGGGCUGUCUGCCGUGUGGUGGACAUGCCCUGCUACGGGAAAUUCUUUUCUGAUCCCUCGGAUAUGAAGAAGCAUCUGUUGAGUAAGAGGCAUUGUGCGCAUGAGGCACGGCUUGCCCUUGAAUGGGUCGGACCGGCCCCUUCCCAAACAUCAACUGCGCCUGUUUCUCGCCGCCCGGGGAGAGGAUCGGGGGGGGGGAAACGCAAAGCAGCCAUCGAUAACGGCGAAAGCGAGCUUGAGGAGCCAAGCUCAAAAAAGCAGAAGAAGGUGGCAACCUCUUCUUAA